UCGAUCCUGCUCAUCUUCCCACAAAUCCCUCUCCAGAUGAUGCUGCACAACUCGGACGGAGCGAUGUUGUCGAGGCUGCUGGGACUCCUCCUUCUGUCCUCCCUCUGCUCGGCCAUGCUGCUACCAAACACUGUAAAAGUGGAGUCCAGCGAAGAGGACGGCUCCACCUCGGACCCCAACACCUACCACUGGCCCGGCUCAGAGGAGUCGGGGUCUCCGGAGUCUUCGGAGGAAACGUCUCACUGGUCACCCAAGCUCCGGUCGGGGCUGGUCAUUGACCCGGUGACACUCCCCGUACCUGAUACAGCGAUCUGCGACAUGCUGCUGAACGCACCAGUGCCGCCGCCCAUUGACCAGAUUCCAUUUUUCUGCCUCUGUUCACACUGCAAAGGCACAGUGGGGCCCAAAGGAGACCGUGGAGAUCGGGGUCCCCCAGGUGAACCUGGGAGCCCUGGGGGAAGAGGACUGAUGGGGUUCAAAGGUCGAGCAGGAUUCACAGGCCCUCAGGGGAUAAAAGGUCAGAAGGGAGACCUGGGGGAGAAAGGGCAGACAGGCCCUGUUGGUUUCACCGGGACAAAGGGAGAGCGAGGCUUCAAAGGGGAGAAAGGGGACAGAGGACUGAUAGGGCCCCCGGGGACACAGGGCCCACAGGGAGAAACAGGCAUGUGCCCUGCCUCCUGCGAGAGCAUCCAGGGUCCCCCAGGCCCACAAGGCUCCCCCGGCCCAGCUGGAGCCCGGGGCCUGCCUGGGGUAGAGGGAGCUCAGGGACCCAAAGGUUUAAAGGGUGAUAAGGGUGACCUGGGUAGACCUGGCGAACCCGGGCUGAACGGCCAGAAAGGUAAUCGGGGUGAGCAGGGGAUGUGUAACUGCACCGAUGGGGCAAAUGGUACUGAUGGAAGACCGGGAGAAAAGGGGGCUAAAGGAGACAAAGGUGACACUGGUACCCAAGGUGUACAGGGCCCCAUCGGGCAAAAAGGCAACCAGGGCAUAAUUGGUCUCAUUGGUCCGCCUGGUCCCUGCUCCCCAGCCAUCCAGUCAGCAUUCUCUGCAUCGCUCAACGAGUCCUUUCCUGUUCAAGAUUGGCCCAUUCCUUUCCCACAUGUCCUCACCAACCAGCAAGGGCACUUCAACCCACUCCUUGGCAUUUACACAGCCCCUGUUAACGGCACCUACGUCUUCUCCUUCCACCUGGCGGUCGCCUCCAGGACACUUAAGGUCGGCCUGUUCCUCAACUUCUACCCUCUAGUCAGAACAACAGAGGCAACCAGCCAAGCCACUGCCAGCCAAACUGUCGUCCUCCACCUCACGGCAGGAGACCAGCUGUGGCUGCAGGUGAAGAACGCUGUCACUAACGGCAUGUACACCGACAGUGAAAGCAGCAGCACGUUCUCGGGGUAUCUGCUGUACCCCGACUCCUGCGACAUUCCCCUGAGCCGACAUCACGUGCAACUAAAGAUGUAUCAGAAGGGAGAUUUCAGCUGGGAUGGUCCUCCAGGCACCACCACUCCUCAACCAUAG